AUGGAUAAAUUAGGCGGUACUACUAAACCAAAUCAUGAUGUGGAAAAAGGAACUCAACCAAAAAAAUCUAAACGACGACAUUUAUUAAAUCAUGUAUUUGAUAUUUUGGCAAUUGCAGCAACAUGUUUGGGUUUUUUUUGUGAUGAUACAUCAAUCCGAUAUCCAAAUAAACCUGAUACAAUUCCAAUGUGGCUACUUGGAGUUUAUGGUGGAGUUGGUCCUGUUAUUAUUUUUUGUAUCGUGGAAAUUUGGGUAGUUCGUCCGUUUCAUUGUGGUCGUGGACCAAGUAAAAAUAGUUUAAAACAACGUCAAGUUGAUUAUCUUAAAACAAUUUUUCAAUCAAUAUUUCUUUUUAUACUUGGCAUUGCUAUCUGUUUUCUUAUUACUGAAGUUGGCAAACGUACUAUUGGUCGAUUAAGACCAUAUUAUUUAAGUAUUUGUAAUCCUGUGUGGAGUAAUAUUCAAUGUACACAAACAAUAUCAACUGCAAGUGGUUCAUUAAAUAUUCCACUAUACAUUACAGAUCAUAAUUGUAAUUCAACAGCAACAGCAACUCAACUUCAAGAAGCAAGAUUAUCAUUUCCAUCAGGUCAUUCAAGUUAUUCAACAUAUGCAUUUGUUUUCUUAUUUGUGUAUUUUGAAGCACGUCUUGUUUGUCCAAAUAUACAAUUUCUUAAACCAUUUCUUCAAUGUAUAUGUAUAGCAAUAGCUUUUUUUACUUGUUUAUCACGUAUUACUGAUUUUAAACAUCAUCCAACAGAUGUUAUUGGUGGAGCAAUACUCGGAUUUAGUAUUGCAGUUUUUACCGCAGUACGUAUUGGUACAUAUUUAUGGAGUUUUAGUGUUUAUUGUGAAACAGAAGAUGAAACAGAAAAAGAUCGUUUACCAAAAGAAGAACGUGUACCUGUACCAGGUAUUGAGACAAAACAAAGUGGUGCAUUACGUUCAAAUGAUAAUAUAGAAUUAGAAAGUUUUCAUCAUAAACAUCGAUUACCAGCAACACGUUCACUUUAUGAUAAUCAAUUACAUAAUGAAAAUGGUUAUACUAUGCGACCACAUCAUAGAACUAUUUUACAUCCAAUACCAGCUGGAGCACGACGUAUAGCACCUGAAAGAACAUCUGAUAAUUCAACUGCUUAA